GCUAACAACAGUCCAUGUAUGGCAGGCCCUUGAAUUAGCUUGCUAGCUAGCUUGAGUGGCUAGCUGGAGUUGGAUGAAUGAGAGACACGAAUGCUGUGUUUUGUUACUACUGCCUGCUUGUUAGUCAUGCCAGACAGUAUGUGCGUUUAUACAAUAAUCAUUUAAUCCGAUUUUGUCUGAGUGAUUGAUUAGUUGCGGAUAAUUGCAAGCUACCGAGCUAACGUCUAGCCUACUUACUGCAUGGAAUGGGCUGAAUGUUGCAACUACAAAGGUGUCUGAGGUUUGCGCCAGCAUGUCUGUGUCUGUGAUCAUUAAAUGGGGUGGACAGGAGUACUCCAUCAGUACACUCUCUGAAGAGGACACUGUGCUGGACCUCAAGCAGUCUAUCAAGUCCCUGACUGGGGUUCUUCCAGAGAGACAGAAACUCCUAGGAUUAAAAGUCAAAGGUAAACCAGCAGAGGAUGACAUGAAGCUGGGCUCACUGAAGCUCAAACCCAAGACCAAGAUCAUGAUGAUGGGCAGCAGAGAGGAGAGUCUGGAAGACGUUUUAGCACCUCCCCCAGAGAAUGAUGACGUUGUCAAUGACUUUGACAUUGAAGAGGAGGUGAUUGAAGUAGAGAACAGAGAGGAGAACUUGGCCAAGAUAGCCCGCCGUGUCAAAGACUACAAAGUGGAGGAGAUGAACCCACCCAGGGAAGGAAAGAGGCUGCUAGUACUUGAUGUGGACUACACAUUGUUUGAUCACAAGUCAUGUGCAGAGACAGGUCAAGAGCUCAUGAGGCCUUUUCUCCAUGAGUUCUUGACCUCUGCGUUCGAAGACUAUGACAUUGUAAUUUGGUCUGCCACGAGUAUGAAGUGGAUUGAUGCUAAAAUGAAAGAGCUAGGAGUGACAGACAACCCGAACUACAAGAUCACCUUCAUGCUGGACAGUGCAGCCAUGAUCACCGUGCACACACCUAAGAGGGGUGUAGUGGAGGUGAAGCCUCUCGGGGUGAUAUGGGGCAAGUACAGUGAGUUCUACAGCAAGAGGAACACCAUCAUGUUCGACGACAUUGGCAGAAAUUUCCUCAUGAACCCACAGAACGGACUGAAGAUUCGUCCAUUCAUGAAAGCGCACUUAAACCGUGAGAAAGACAAAGAGCUCUUCAAACUGUCUCAGUAUCUUAAAGAGAUUGCCAAACUGGAGGACUUCUCUUUUCUCAACCACAAGCAUUGGGAGAGGUAUCUGUCAAAGAAACAAAGCCAGUGAGAGCAGUGUUGUGGAUAUGUGAAGGGAUGGUCAUUCCUCAACCAGGAACAGUGCUGGACACUGAAGCCCUCACCAAACUACUACUGCCUGUUUCUGACUGGGAGCUGUUUCCCAUUGUAUGGCUUGUAUUUCUGUUCUUCCCCCUCAUCUCUGAAAUCCUUUGUUUACCUUCAGUAUAACAGUUCUGUCACCUAUCCAUAAACCCGGGAGACACACGGUAAGUACUGUACACAUACCGGUACACAGUUUACAUUCAAUGGUUUUUGUUAGGUUUCAUCCAAUCGCUCUUUCAGAAGUAGUGACUCUUAUCAUCUGUAGCUAUAUGAACAUGUUCUAUACUGAUACCGUUGCAUAUUCUCUUUCUCUCCCCCCGGCUCUCUCCCUUAUGGCACCAUACCAAGUAGAGAUGGUGAAGCUAGCACAGGAACGGACUUUUACUGAGUACACCUGACACUGAGGUAGAGUUGAUCAGACUUAACUAACCAGUGAGGUGGAUUAGGCCUCUAUUUGGAUGAUGUCCAUAUGCUGCUGCUUGUCACAGAGGUCAUUUCAGAACGAGAGGGAAGAUGUUGUCCAACAGGCAGUUUAGUUUAUGUCAUUGUGUACUGACAUCAGCUAUGCCUGCCUGGAAAUAACAUCUACAGUGCCUUCAGAAAGUCUUCACACCCUCCACAUUUUGUUGUUACAGUCUGAAUUUAAAAUGGAUUUACGUAAAGAUUUUGUCACUGGCCGACACACAUUACCUGAUAAUGUCUGAGUGGAAAUCUUAUUUAAAUUUUAAUUUAAAAAAAAUAAAAAAUAAUAUCUGAAAUGUCUUGAAUUAGUAAGUAUUCAACCCCUUUUAUGGCAAGCCUAAAGUUCAGGAGUAAAAAUGUUCUUAACAAGGUGCAUGGACUGUGUUUAACAUUAUUUUUGAAUGACUACCUCAUUGCUGUACCCCACACAUACAAUUAUCUACAAGGUCCCUCAGUCGAGCAGUGAAUUUCAAACACAGAUUCAACCACAAAGACCAGGGAGGUUUUCCAAUGCCUCACAAAGAUUGGUAGAUGGGUAAAAAAAAAGCAGACAUUGAAUUUCCCUUUGAGCAUGGCGAAGUUAUUAAUUUCACUUUGGAUGGUGUAUCAAUACACCCAGGCACUAAGAUACAGGUGUCUUUUAUAACUUAGUUGCCAGAGAGGAAGGAAACCACUCAGGGAUUUCACCAUGAGGCCAAAGAUGACUUUAAAACAGUUUGAGUUUAAUGGCUGUGAUAGAACUGAGGAUGGAUCAACAUUGUAGUUAUCUACAAUACUAACCUGAAUGACAGAGUCAAAAGAAAGAAGCCUGUACAGAAUAAAAAUAUUCAAAAACAUGCGUCCUGUUUGCAGUAAGGCAUUGCAAAAAUAAAACUGUGGCAAAGAAAUUAACUCUGUCCUGCAUAUAAAGUGUUAUAUUUGGGGCAAAUCCAAGCAUGGUGGUGGCUUCAUCAUGUUAUGGGUAUGCUUGUCAUCAGCAAUGAUUAUGGAGUUUUUUUUAAGAUAAAAAGAAACUGAAUAGAGCUAAGCACAGGCAAAAUCCUAGAGGAAACCCUGACUGUCUGCUUUUCAACUGACAUAUGGAGACAAAUUAGGACAAUUACAUCAAACACAAGGCCAAAUAUACACUGGAGUUGCUUACCAAGAUGACAUUGCAUGUUCCUGAGUGGCCUAGUUACAGUUUUGACUUUAAAUCUGCUUCAAAAUCUAUGGCAAGACUUGAAAAUGACUGUCAACAACCAACUUGGCAGAGAUUGAAGAAUUUUAAAAAGAACGAUCCAGGUGUGGAUGUAUUGACUCAACGGGUUGAAUACUUAUGUAAUCACUAUAUAUAUAUAAUUGAUGUAGAAUAAAAAAAAUAUAUAAAUAUAUAUAUAUAUACUUAUUUUUCUUCAAAUGUUACAAUUUGUCUUCCACUUUGACAUUAGAGUAUCUUGUGUCGAUCAUUGACAAAAUAAAUGACAAUUAAAUACAUUUUUCAUCCCAUUUUGUCACAACAAAAUGUGGAAGUCUCUAAGGGUGUGAAUACUUUCUGAAGGCACUGUAUCUUUGCGUGUGGCUAAACAGUAUUGUUUUUAAUUAUUAUUAUGCAUUUGACCGAAUUUUGAUUUGAGCUGAACACCUUUGUCAUAUUCUCAGGCAAAUGUUAAGGCCACUGAAGUUAAUGAACCAAACUAUACUUGCUGUAGAACGACUGAACAUAAGUUGGCACCUAUGAUGUUUUUGAAGGCGGGUGGGGAAAUUUGAAAGGCAUUGUGUUAGACUCAGCACAAGCACUAGACACUAAACCUCUCAGACUAAACUUCUCAGAUUUUGUAUGAGGUUUCAUUUGGAAAUAGAAUUGUAUUGUUUUCAGUUGGAUAGUUGGAAGAAUGGAUAUGGUUCUGAACAUGGAAUCAAACCCAUUUGUAUCUGUUACUAGUAUUCUCUUUAAGAGGCAAUUGAACAGUAUUUGGCAGUAUUUAGGUUAAUUCAAUAUUUGCCAACAUUUUGCUUGAUUGGCUCUAACACUAGAGCAUCAAAAUGCUCUCACGUCAUCCCGCAAAGUUAUGCAAUAAUCUAAAGAUCAACUGCUACCAGAGGAUAUGAACACGUCAGGGUUUAUUUACUCUGUUAUUUUCUGUUUUGGAUUGUCAAAUAUUUAUUUUACAGAUUAACUUCUUGUUUUCUUGUAAAGGACAUGUUUUGCCGCCUUCAUGUCAGGUGGCAAAGGUCAAUUUUAAAUAAGCAUUUCAGUUGUUAAAUGAAGGUACUCUCACAGAGUUUCUAAACCCAGAGGCGUAACAUCGCGAGCUUCCGGAAAACGCUUGCGAAACAGACCAAACAGACUAGGUGUUUGAGACGUCAAUGGGAGAAGUUAAAUAAUUAUUAUAAUAAUGUUUUCUCAAUCUAAAGGCACAACCUAGAUUCGAGACAAUGUCUUAGGUAGUUGAACAUGCUAUUACUCCAACCUUGUGACAAACUGACACAUUUUCAAUUUUCGUCCAAAACUUUAUAUCAAAGGAGUGCCUUUGAUUUGAAUGCCUUUAGACCCUAGCUUAAGCUAGCCAACGUCGCCGUGACAUCAUCUACGGGUGUGAUUGGGGAUUUCUGUUGGAGAAGCUGUUUUAGCCUGUCUUCAUACUGUACUGUCUUUGGUACUAUCAUUUACCAAGCUGUGUGUACUCUGUCUACAUGCAUCUUAGGCACUGAAUACACACUUGUAUAACCGACAUUCAGUAUGUAUGGUAACUCAUGUCUGUUGCUGAAGCAGCACUUGGAUAACCGACAUUCAGUAUGUAUGGUAACUCAUGUCUGUCGCUGAAGCAGCACUUGGAUAACCGACAUUCAGUAUGUAUGGUAACUCAUGUCUGUCGCUGAAGCAGCACUUGGAUAACCGACAUUCAGUAUGUAUGGUAACUCAUGUCUGUCGCUGAAGCAGCACUUGGAUAACCGACAUUCAGUAUGUAUGGUAACUCAUGUCUGUCGCUGAAGCAGCACUUGGAUAACCGACAUUCAGUAUGUAUGGUAACUCAUGUCUGUCGCUGAAGCAGCACUUGGAUAACCGACAUUCAGUAUGUAUGGUAACUCAUGUCUGUCGCUGAAGCAGCACUUGGAUAACCGACAUUCAGUAUGUAUGGUAACUCAUGUCUGUCGCUGAAGCAGCACUUGGAUAACCGACAUUCAGUAUGUAUGGUAACUCAUGUCUGUCGCUGAAGCAGCACUUGGAUAACCGACAUUCAGUAUGUAUGGUAACUCAUGUCUGUCGCUGAAGCAGCACUUGGAUAACCGACAUUCAGUAUGUAUGGUAACUCAUGUCUGUCGCUGAAGCAGCACUUGGAUAACCGACAUUCAGUAUGUAUGGUAACUCAUGUCUGUCGCUGAAGCAGCACUUGUCAAACUAUUAUUUGUUUAGUUCUCAGCUUGUCAUAUUUGUUACCUCCAGUUAAGUUUGCUUCACAAUCACAUGGUUUGUAAAAGAUGAGGAAACCAUCACAUUUGUUGUCCUGUGAGAUGUCAUUUGCAGACUGUUGUACACUCCCCUAUGUAUAUAUUUGGACAGUGAAACUAAAAUGUUUCAUUUGGCUCUAUACUCCAGAAUUUUGGAUUUAAGAUCAUGUUUUAUACGACGCAACAGUCCGUAAUGUCACCUUUUUUUAUUUUGUGGUAUUUUUAUACAUCUGUUUUACUUUUUAGAAAUGAAAGCACUUUAUGUAUCUAGCCCUCUACCCCCCCAACCCAUUUGAAGGUGUCAUAAGUAAGGAGAAAUUCACUCGUGUCGUAAAAAGUGUAGUAUUUGGUCCCAUAUUCCUGGCACGCGAUGACUACAUCAAGCUUGUGACUCUACAAACCUGUUGGAUGCUUUUGGUUGUUUUGGUUAUGUUUCCAUUAUGUUGUGCACAAUAGAAAUGAAUCAAAUUCAUCCAAAACGUCUGUACAGUCUAGCUUGAUGUAGUCAUGGCACGCUAGGAAUGUACACCAAAUACUACACGUUUGACAAUUUAAUACACUAGUUGAAUUUGUCCAAAUACUUCAAAUUGGGGGACUAUAGAUGCAUAAAGUGCAUUCAUUCCUAAACAGUAAAACAGAAAACACCUUAAAAUAAAAGGUGACAUUCUGUACUGUCACCUCAUGUAAAACAUUUGAUCUGAAAUACAAAACGCUUCAGUAUAUAGUGCCAAAUUAGAAGUUUUAAGUUUCACUGUCCAAGUACGUAGGGGGGGGUCGGACAGCGUGAACAUGUUUUUAACAAGCGGACACCGGCUUCCUGUUGUGAACAUAUCCCGACUGUAAAUAAAAGAUGACACUUUUUAGAAAAUAAA